AUCAUAGAAGAACCUGUGGAACAACACGUGGAACAAAAAGUGCAAUUUCUUCCACUUCCGCUCAUUUGUGACAUUGUUUUUAUUCAGAAGGGCCAAAAGCUGACUAAAGUGCAAUUCCCCAAGUUCCCCACCAGGUGGCGGAAGUGUCACCGUCUUCAGCUCUGCAGCCUCCGUGUUCGGAUCAAAACAUCUUCACUCCUUUCUGAUCAUCUUUGGGCUUUUCUUGCUUUUUCCUCGCAUAUUUCUCUGCAAUUCUUUGGAGUUGGAAAUGAUAUUUUACAGCCUGUAGAUACUGCCAUCCCUUACCACUUCAUAUUUAUUCAUAGAUUUGGCUCUUGCUUGGUUGAACGCAGCAUAAUAGUGAAAAAAAAAAUGAAUAUUCAAGCUAAUUGUAUGCAUUUUUUUACAUAAAUGCAUAGAAUUACGGUGGACGAGUGGUUAGCGCACAGAUCUCGCAGCUAGGAGACUUGAGUUCGAUUCCACCCUCCAUCAUGUUCUCCCCGUGAAUGCGUGGGUUUUCUCCGGGUACUCCGGUUUCCUCCCACAUUCCAAAAACAUGCUAGGUUAGUUAGCGACUCCAAAUUGUCCAUAGGUAUGAAUGAAUGUAUGAAUGUGAGUGUGAAUGGUUGUUUGUCUAUAUGUGCCCUGUGAUUGGCUGGCCACCAGUCCAGGGUGGACCCCGCCUCUCGCCUGAAGACAGCUGAGGUAGGCUCCAGCACCCCCGUGAGGAUAAGCAGUAGAAAAAGUGGUAGAAAAUGAAUGAAUGGAUGCAUACAAUUACAUUCAAUUACAUUCCAUGAAAAACUCAACAACUCAGAACCCCUGAUGUUACUUCCUGUCACAUGGAAGUGACAGGAAGUAGCACAGGAACUCAUUUAUAGCAACACACACACAAAUAUGAGUCUUAUUAAUGUCUUAAACGUCUUAUUUUAUUAUAUUAUCUACUAUAUUGGGUGUGUAAAAGUUACUGUAGGGGUGUUAUGUCAUGUUAGAAGGCUCUAAUAAUGUUAAAAAAAACAUUUUAGAAAUUCUACUCUUCAAACGUGAAGGCGCCAAAAGUGAUUUGAAAGCCAAGCAAAGGUCGGCGAAGAAGACGCAGCAGCUUCCUGCGGCCAGGCUGAAGGAUUACAUUAGCAUCCGUGGCUACUUAGCCGCAGCUCGUGACAUCAUCACAAAUCCACUUGUCUGCACACGAGCCCGCCUGGCCGUCCUCCUCCACUGUCCCCCUGACCUCGUUGCAGACUUCAGACCAGACCUGUCGGAGGAAGGAGGCUGGGUUUGUCUUUGAACGUCGAGCUCAGACGUGCAGAGGACCGUCGCUUGUUUCCACUCGGAAGUCGGACUGGUGAGUACGGCUUUGCAACCAACCUUCCAUGCUGGAUUCUACCCCUGGAUUCAAUUCCGUAGAUUCCCACGACUGUGUUGCGUUCCAAGAUUCCCCGGAGAAUAUUUGAUCUUACAAAAUGAUUUCAACCUUCUUCUUGCAAAUGUCCUUCUCAUGCUUAGUAAUAUUUACUUACAUACUUACUUACUUACCUUACUUUACUUACAAUAUUUACUAAUAAUUAUUCCCGUCAAAUUUGGACUCUUUUAAAGCAGAACUUAGCAUAACCAAAAAUUACAGCACUACCGUAAAACGGGGUUAUAAGGGACAAUUUUCAGGAAAAUGUUUUCAAUGUAAUUCUGCCUUUGCGUGUUAAACAGGAAGUUGCUUUGUGUUGUUUUUUUCAUAUUCUGGAACAAAAAAAUUCCCGCAAAUGGUCCCUUAUUACCCCAUUUUACGGUAUUCAUUGUUUGUUCUUUGUUUUUCCAGAAUAUUCCAACUUAAAAGAAACUAUUCUUUAAUAUUUCAACUUGAAGAUACUAAAAUUAUGUCAUUUUUCCACAUAAUAUUACGUUAUAUUGUUAUAUUUUCCUUCAAUAUUUUCACUUGAUUCUUGUAAAAUUACUGCAGAUUUUUCCAUUUUGGAUUUCCUACAAAGAUAACCAAUACAUAAUAAUAAUAAUAAUAAUAAUAAUAAUAAUAAUAAUAAUAAUAAUAAUAAUAAUAAUAAUAAUAAUAAUAAUAAUAAUAAUAAUAAUAAAAUGAACAGAUUAUCAUAUCAUUGAAAUAUGUUUCUUUAAAAAACUGCUCCAAAAAUCCUGUACAAUUAACCGCUCAAUAAACCAUGCAAUAGCCCGUGCAAUAACCCGUGCAAUAGACCAUGCAAUAACCCGUGCAAUAAACCAUGCAAUAACCUGUGCAAUAAACCAUGCAAUAACCGUUCAAUAAACCAUGCAAUAAUCCGUGCAAUAAACCUGUGCAAUAACCCGUGCAAUAAACCAUGCAAUAAACCAUGCAAUAACCCGUGCAAUAAACCAUGCAAUAAACCGUGCAAUAAAUCAUGCAAUAGGCCAUGCAAUAACCCGUGCAAUAAACCAUGCAAUAACCUGUGCAAUAAACCAUGCAAUAACCCGCGCAAUAAGCAAUGCAAUAACCCGUGCAACAAACCGUGCAAUAACCCAUGCAAUAAAUCGUGCAAUAAACCAUGCAAUAACCCAUGCAAUAACCUGUGCAAUAAUGUGCAAUAAACCGUGCAAUAAACAAUGCAAUAAACCAUGUCAAUAAACCGCGCAAUAAACCAUGUCAAUAAACCGUGCAAUAAACCGUGCAAUAAACCGUGCAAUAAACCGUGCAAUAAACCAUGCAAUAACUGUCAAAUACAGUAAACCUGUGACUUGGUCAACAUGUAUGUAGUCUAUAAAACUUCUGAUUUGACUUCUGAUCUGGUCUUUCGUUGCUGUGAACCUGAAAUGUCCUCUUGUGGGACGAAUCAAGGCUUAUCUUAUCUUAUCUUAUCUUAUCUUAAGUUAGUAGCCAACAUCUAAUUGUCUCACGCUGACAGUGCCUGACGUGCAGGUGUACCUAAUGAAGCGACUGGUGGGUGUUAACGUGUGGGCUUUUCCUCCACGGGCUGUGACCCAAUGAUGGAGUCAAAGCCCAGCAGAAGAGCAGCAGCUGCUCUUCAAGCUAAUCCAAUCUUCUCCGACUUGACCGACCUCAAUAAGCGCGAGCUGCGCACCUUCUGACCACUGUUUGGGUGCGCCGCAGAGAACGCCACCAUGCCAGCCGCCAAGGGCAAGAAGAAGAGGCCCAAGAAGGAGGUCAACGGCGGGGGGGAGAGUGUAGAAGUGGCCGUGGACGUGGACGUGGAGGCGCAGGACGUGGCCCGCAAGAGCAGCGACGCGCUGACCCCUGACCUCCUGGAUGCGGCACCACAGAAGAAGAAGAAAAAGAAGAAGGCUUCCACGAUUGAUCUGGAAGGCGAGCAUGCAGACACGCCCAACGGCAACACGACAGAUGCCGUGGCGGACGAGGAGGAAGCGAGCGUCCCCGUGACCAGGAGGACCAAAAGGAAGAGGAAGGUGAAGUCCACGGAGCAUCACGGGAACGACCUCGGGGCGGAGGAUGAUGACAUUGUCACGGACGCCCCCACGCCCAUCCCCCAGCAUUCCCUCUUCUCCGCCCCCCACGGACACAGCCAGCCUGUUGGCAGGGGCUUCGUGGAGAGGAACAGGCGUUUCCAGGCAGAGCGAGUAGAACAGUUUCGACAUCCUGACCACACAGACGACUACCUGGAGCCCAGACAGGUGUGGACCACCAGAGACGUCGCCAUGAAGGUCCACAGCAGCUUCAGGGUGCUGGGUCUCUUCUCCCACGGCUUCCUGGCUGGCUACGCGGUGUGGAACAUCACGGUGGUGUACGUGCUGGCGGGCGAGCACAUGUCCACGCUGGCCAACCUGCUGCAGCAGUACCACUCGCUGGCCUACACCUCGCAGUCUCUGCUCUACCUGCUCCUCGCCAUCAGCACCGUGUCCGCUUUCGACAGAGUCAACCUGGCCAAGGCCUCCAUGGCUCUGAGGGGCUUCAUCACGUUGGAUCCCGCAGCUCUGGCCUCCUUCUUGUAUUUCAUCGCACUGAUCCUGUCCCUCAGUCAACAAAUGACCAGCGAUCGAAUCAACCUGUAUCCCUCGGCCAAUGAGACGCUGUGGCCUCCUGGUUCCGAGGAGCAGAUCUUGAGGCCGUGGAUCGUGGUCAACCUGGUGGUGGCACUGUUGGUGGGCGUGGCCUGGGCUGUCAUCUCCACGAGGCCAGACAUCGACUACACGGAAGAGUUCCUGAUGUCCAUGGAGGUCGAAGGUUAUCCCAGAGGAGAGGACAACUUGGACAUCUCUGCCUGAAACCUUAUCCAAGUCCCAUGAACCGUAUUUACUGAUUUUAUUUGUAUAUCUUUUGCACACUUUUUCAUUUUUAUCCUGUGUUUUUUUUUCUUAUUGUUGUAAAAAUAGAAAUAAACCUAGCAUCUUGUCGACAAAAUUAUUGUUUUCAUGCUCUUUCUGAUUUUUUGGUACUUGGGUUUGGCUUUUUGAAUUGAAUAUUAUCUGAAUGCUUCAGUCACAGCUGAAAUAUACAUCAAUAUUUUAUAUGGACCAAUGUAAAUAUAAUGUGUGAUCAAAUAAAAACUAUAUACAUAUCUUCUAAAUCAAACAAGCGGAGUAAAUGGGUGUAAAUAAACGUCUUAUCAUAUGAAUUUUGAAAAAGAUGAAUGAACGUUCACAAAGGGAGUUGCAGUGCGGUGCGUUUAAAGUCAUCACGUAAUGCUCGUUACCCAUAUUCUGUUUUGUAUUACUGAAAGUGAUUUCUAAAACGGUAAAGUAAGUAGUAUCUGGAUAUGUUGCUGUCAAUAUUUUAAAAUGUAAUUAUAUUUUAUUAUUGCGUCUUUUUGUGUUUAAAAGUUCCGCUUGCCUAUGGACUGAACGUUUUCCCAGUGUCCCUGAAGGCACCACAGCGGAGAGCUCGUGCGGGGUUGGCUGGAGAAGCUAGCUCG